ACCGUUUAUUAAAGGAGCCAGUCACUAAAGUUCUAUAUCUAUAAUGUUUGAACUUCAAAUUUUAAAGGUUCAGAGCCCUUCUAACUUUUGGGGCAGAAUAGUAAAUGGAUCUGAGAUACUGGCUGAAUCUUCAGAGUAUACUAAAUUGCACGAAGCAAUGAAUCUUUUCUAUCAUCAGGUUUGGAAAAAUGGUGACAAACUGAAAAUGGAAUCUUUUGAACCGGGUCAGGUUUGCAUUGUUUAUUCUAAAAAGAUUAAAAGCUGGUGCAGAGCUUUUAUAGAUUCACACCAUCAUGAAUCUAAUGGGCAUCAUGUUAUGUGCUUUCUUCUUGAUUAUGCGGAUUAUGUCAUCGUAGAAAAAAAACAUAUUCAAGCUGCUAUUAAAAAAUUCAUGCACUUGCCGUAUUGGGCUAAGAAGUUUAGGCUUGCUGGAUUACAACCCUCGAGAUUGACUGUUGACCUUUAUCGUGAUAAAGCUGAAAUGGUGCCAGCAUCACAGUGGGACAAUGCUGCUGUUAGAUAUUUUCAGAAUCUGGUACAAGAGUCCUCAUUAACUGAAGCAGAAUUAUAUACUACUAUGAAUGAUUAUUAUAUCAUUUAUUUGUAUGUGUUACAAGGAACUGAAAAGAUUUGUGUGAACGAUGAUUUAGCUACUAAAGGGUUUGCCUGUUACACUUCAUCAGUUCUGGGUUCAAACCCUUUCCUUGCCACACAGAAUGUUGACUGGAAAUAUUUUUGUAAGCAUCAAGAAAAAUGGUCAGCAGUUGAAGUAUUGUGGCCUGGAGCCUUGAAAAGGACAGAAAAUCAAACUUGCAGACAAGAUUUACCUGGAUGUGCAACAUCAUCAAAACAUCUUGUGGAUUCUUGUGAAAGAAAAAUGGUGAUGGCAAGAAUUAAAGAACAGUUUGAUGAGGAAAAGAGCAGCUCUGAGAAUCAAAAGAAAGAACCACUGCAGUUUAAUUUAAGGUUGUUGCGUUUUCUAGAUCCUUAUCCUGCAAAAGAUAUCAGCUUACCAGAGGUUAGCGUAUUGAGUGAUUGUAAUUGUAAUGCACUUAUUCACUCAGCUUCUAAAAUAAAUGCUUGUUCCCACUUGGACAUGUCACCCAUCCCUGAAAAUCUAAAAAAGAUACUUAGAAAGAAGAAAUACAAAGGGCCUAAUUUUGAAGAAAGUUACACUUGGCCUGCAAUUAUUCGUGGAUGUGAUGUUGUUGCUAUAUCUCAUAAAGGAAAUGAUCCAAUGCUUUUCAUUCCCCCGCUACUCCGGUUCCUUCAGUACUCUUCAAUUUAUACCUCUCCAUCUUUACAUGGGCCAGCAGCUGUCAUUUUGUGUCCUUCAUGGAGGAAAGCUCGACAUGUUUUUACACUUCUUGAAGAGUUCAAAUCAGCGGAGUCACUUAGUCCUAUGUUACUUUUAUUUGGAUUAAAGACUGACAAAGCUGAACACCUGAAGAUUCUGAAAGAAUGUAUGGUUAUUGUGACGACGCCAAACUGCUUGGUGAGGCUGCUUCAGUUUCAAUGUCACCGCCUUGUUGGAUAUUGCCAUCUCAUUUUGGAUGAAGUUGAUGAAUUAUUUUCUCAAGCUUUUGAGCAGGGAAGUGAACAUUCAAAUGAAUACUAA